CAUCUUAAAACCACAACAAGGUGAGUCAUUGCACCAUGACACUUUCGCACACAUCAGCUAUAUAUAUCUGACCAAGCAUUGCUUCCCCACUGCUUCCCAUCCACCUUCCCAUUGCACUUGUUCUUGUCAUUCACAAAAACGUCUCACGCGCGUCAUCCCGACCACGCCCCGCCACCUUGUCGGACGCUGCUUCCUGUCCGUAUCUCCCCUGUCCCCAUUCUUGGCGGUUUACCCCCCCGCUGCUCCCGUGCCGCGCGCCUCGCAACGCACGCAUCCGCCCCGCCUAAAUCCAUACACCAAACCUCCGUCGCCAUCAACUCUCCUUCCCUACCACUCCACCUUUAUCAAAACAUCAUACACAGCGAACAUGGCCAGAACCAAGCAGACCGCACGAAAGUCCACCGGUGGAAAGGCUCCCCGAAAGCAGCUCGCUACCAAGGCUGCCCGCAAGUCGGCACCAGCUGCCGGAGGUGUCAAGAAGCCUCACCGAUACAAGCCCGGAACCGUCGCUCUCCGAGAAAUUCGACGAUACCAGAAGUCGACUGAGCUCCUGAUCCGAAAGCUGCCCUUCCAGCGAUUGGUUCGUGAGAUUGCUCAGGACUUCAAGACCGACCUGCGAUUCCAGUCGUCGGCCAUUGGUGCCCUUCAGGAGGCCUCCGAGGCUUACCUCGUCUCUCUCUUCGAGGACACUAACUUGGCUGCCAUCCACGCCAAGCGAGUCACCAUCAUGCCCAAGGACAUCGCCCUCGCCCGCCGACUCCGUGGAGAGCGAUCCUAAGAUGGGAACAGGAUAUUGGUCUGAAGGGGGUGCUCUCCGCACUCUCCUCUAAACGAUCCAUUCCGUUGUACCGAUCCAGUUCGCCAUAUCUCCCUCGUCGCUUCGAAGACCUUCUUGCGCUAUUCCCAGACGUCUUCUUCUCUAGUCGACGCCCGACAUCGUUGUCGCGCCCUCUUUCACUGUCCUGAUUCCCUUGUACUUUCGAUAUGUUCUUCUUACCAUGCCUUGGCCCCUUACUAUCCACUUUACUACUUCUGAUCCAUGUUUGAUGCCCUUUGCCAGCGCGAUGAUGGUGUCAUCCGGUGGCGUACAACAACACUCUGCUGACACUGACCCCUUGGUCGUCAUCAUCAUCAUCGUCAUCAUCACGGCUCGGGACUCACAAGGACACAGUCGAUGCUGAGCUAGACGCUGAACUGAAA